GAUGGAGUGAGGCAUAUACUGCCCUUCUCCUUGCCUAAAGGCAACAUCAGUGUACAGGUUUCCCUCUUUGCUGGGGGUGGGACAAGUGUUGCACUGUGUUACACCUCCAGCCAUGCUUGCGCUGAGGGCAGGCUAAGCCAUGAUCCCUCAGACAAUAUUCAUGAGUGAAUACUGUCUGCUGCACUUAGUGACAUCUCAUUCUCAUCCUGCACUGAAGCUGCUGUGCAGCUUGAGAGGUGGGAAAUGGAAAUGCUUUUUGCCUUGGUCACUAUUUAGAAAUUAGGCUUAAACCCAGACUGAGAGAAGUGGAGCUGCUGUCUGCUGGCAGUGGGGUGGCUUUCCAGCUUGGUGAGCUCCAUGUUCUCUGUCUGGACUUGCUUGGUGCAGGGCCGGUCUCUGCAGAGGAGUGGGGGUUCCACCGCCAGCACAGACUGUGCCAGUCAAGAAAGAAGCCAAAGAUGCCUGUGAAAUCCCACUUAAAGGUGUGCAACCUGGGCUUAAAAUGGGUAUCAAGUUUGAAGCACUGGCUGGUGGCUGUUGUGGUGUGUUGGUGAGGCAGCACGAGAAGGGCAUAAUUUCAUGCAUCAGCUGCAGUUUGCUCCCACUUUUGAAACCCAUAACCCAGCCCUUCACAUGACCAGCUUAUUUGGUGGUGGUGUGUUAGUUAUGUAAAUCUCAGUGUGCUUCAGACUGGAAAAGAAUAUGAAACAGAACAUCUACUUGAAUUCCUUUCUUAACUUGGCAAGUUUAUACCUGCAUCUUAACUACUACUGUUUUUACUUCCAUACUCCUGGAUUCAAAAGACCCUGAUCUGGGGGCAUAUCAGACCAAAACCUACAUAGAGGUGUGCUCCCAUCUCUGUGCAACAAACUUGUUGCACAAAUUAGGGCAUUUCUUGGAGCACACAAAAGCUACUGCCUUUCACACCACUCAGGCAAAGGCUGUUCUACUAUGGGCUCAAUUGUAAUGCAAAAGAAUUGUGUCCAUGGAAAUUCAAAUCUUGAAAAUACUUAGAUCCUCGCUGACAUACUGCAAAUACAUUUGAAACAUUCUUCUAUCCCAGGGUAAGGGCUACAUAAGUAGGCUAAGCCUUUCACACUUUCUCUCUGAACCUGCUGGAUUUAUUUCCCAAACCCCAUUGCAUAGGUACACCCAGCAAAUGUCAUGGGGAACCAUUUGUAAUGAAAUUAAAGCUUAAACAUAAAGAUUCUCUCUUCCCUAAGCACUGGCUUCUUUUAAAACUGGGAGUUGUUCAUAUUUAAUCCCUUGCAGCCUCUGUAAAUCCUCUGUUUGACAUUUCCAAUGUGCCAUACAGGUUCUAAUACACAUCACACAAAAAGAGCUAUUAUAAAAUUCCUGACUUUUUCUUGUUUGUGUGACAAAGGGGGAAUGGCAAAUCCUCCAAUUGGACCAGAUAAUCACUCUCCUGUGAAAAGCCUACAAUCCACAUCCUCUGUUUUCUUCUUAGCUGAGCUUCAACUGUGUUUGGUCAAUAAUUUUAUGUGUGAAGUCCAUAAAUCACCUUCCAAUACACACUGGACAGUGAAGAGUCCUGGUAGAUUAGACAUCAGCUGCAGGAGAAACCGCAUCCCGUCUGGAUCCAGGAAAGCCAGGUGCUGCCAGAACAUUUCCAUUUCAUGUUAUGGGUUUCUGAAGAGCCCUCUUUACACAGUAGGACCACUCUCUAGAGUGAAAGAUGGGUGGAUAAAGGUUUACAGGAUCAGGUCUUCUGACAUGACAGAGACCAUUACAAAUCCAUGAACUGCAGUUUUACUCAGUGUGCUUCUCCUGGGAUUUGUUUCAAAACCAGACUUCCACAUCUUAUGCCAGCAAAGGCCAGGGAAGCAGAGGAUGUGAGCUUCAAGUUUAAAGGUUGACUUCAAGGCAAACAUCCAUACACAUCCCCCAGCCUUCAGGUCAGCUCUCCAGAGACUGAACAGCAUUCAAAAUACCAAUAUUCCUCAUCCAUGCUGGGGAAAAGCAGAGUGGUUUCUCAUGUUCACCGAAAGGUGAUCUGCCUUUAUAUAAAGCCUUCUUCUCUUAAGCACAAGUAUUAUGAAACCCCCCAGGAAUCCAUAAAGAGUGAUGGGGCAUUUUUCUAAAAUGCCAGACCUGUACAUCUUCCACAUUCUGUGAUUCAGGAGCAGUGUAAAAGGUCAUAAACCAUUCAGCUGCUGUGAUUCACUGCAUUGAUUCAUGUGCUCGGUACAAAUAUUCAGAGAUCAAAGCAGCACCAACCCCCCAAAAAGAGAUUUUAAAUGAUUUUUUUAAUGCUUGCCAUAAAGAUGGACUUCCAGCUAAAGCAUUAUUCGCCUGAUUGAUAGUGGAUAUUUUAGGUAGCAAGUCCCCUAUGGUAAAGAUUGAUGCUUCCUUUAAGAAUCAUAUGGUGUGGUACCUAAAGCAAUGUACUCUGCAGAUGUGUUUCCUCCCUGACCUAGGCUGAACAUGAGACACUGAUCACACAGGGGUUUUCUGGGCAGAAGUUUACAGGGAGUUAAAAAAGAAUGGAAACUUCUUCCCUCUGAAGGAAUCUGGAAGCUCCCCUAAACCAUUUUGUAUUAACUUUGCAGUGGAUGAAGGUGUUAAACUGGCAUGUGUCUAUUGAUGGGGAAGUGAUCCUUUCAAGUUCUCUGCUUCAUCCCCACUUGUGGAAUUUGUUGUGCCAGUGGGACGAGGCUGGCUAUAAAACCCCAGCACCCCGCUCAGGCAGCCUGCCACCACAUCUCUGCUGAGAGACAUCCCCCCUUCAUCUCUGCUGGGCAGACAGCUCUUCGCUGACAGAGGAGGAUGGAUGUGAGGUUCACCCGGAUGCUCUGCUUGCUCUGCCUGGUCAUCACAGUCCGAGCAUUUACCCAGGAGGGGUUCAAGGAGGUGUUGCUGAAGCAGCUGGGGCUCUCUGAGGUCCCUACACUUCAUAGGAGAGACUUGGUGGAUCUGGUUAUCCCAGACCAUGUGAAGAACAAAUACAUCUCCAUGCUGAAGCGGCAAAGGGUGAAGCGCCGAGCUCUGCCCAGCCUGGCCGGCAUCCUCAGGGGGAUCCCUGGCAACACAGGAGAAGCCCUCUACUCUGAGACCAGCACACGCCAGAACCUGAUCUUCGACAUGGAGGGCAGAAUACCUCAGAACAGUGAAGUGACAAUGGCUGAGCUGAAACUCUUCAAAAAGCCUUUGGACAGAGCAAACCUGCCUGCCAGGCAGUCUCACAGGCCCGUCUCCAAUGCCAGAGUCAGCGUGUACUGGGUGCAGCGGCAGCACGAUGGCACCAACAGGACCUCCCUGAUAGACUCCAGGCUGGUUCCUAUACGUGAGUCGGGCUGGAAGAACUUUGAUGUGACACAGGCCGUGCAUUACUGGCAGCGAAACAAGAGGCGGGAGCCAAUGUUCCUGGAGGUCUGGAUUGAGGGAGAAAGGGUAGGCAGCUAUGCCUCAGAAAUGGCCAAAGCCGUGCAUUUCACCUCUCAGGACCCCAGGGAUAAAGCCUUAAGCAAACCUGAACUGGUGCUUUACACCCUCAACUUGGAAGACUAUGGGGGCCCUGGGGACUGCAGGGAGGAGGCAGUGAAGGGGAAAUCCACCUGCUGCCGGCAGAAGCACUACGUGAAUUUCCGUGAGCUCCCCUGGGCGCAGCAUUGGGUCAUCGAGCCAGCGGGGUACCAGGCUUACAGGUGCUCGGGGGGCUGCCUGCAGGCCCCCAGCACCCUGCGCCGCUUCGGCUAUGGGGAGCGUGCCUGUGCCGGGGUGGAGAGCUCCCCACUGCCCAUGAUGCUGCUGGUCAAGAGGGGCAACCGCACAGAGAUCGAGGCGGCCGAGUUUCCCAACAUGAUCAUCGAGAAGUGCGGCUGUGUGACGGAUGGCAUGGCACUGGUGUGAGGUGUGGGGCCAGCCAGGGUGCUACCCAGGCCCUGGAUCCUCACAACCCUUCCCAAAGACACCCCAGGCUGCAGCUAUGCAGUGAUAAAGGUGCUGGGGGGACGCCCACAUACCUGUGUGCAAGGGACAGCAUGCACCCCACUACCCUGCAGAGAGCUUGCACUUAAAGGCACCGUCCAUAUAAAUGGGCUCAGAAGAGCAUCCAUCUUCAUGUAUAACUGUGUGAGGGGUACCUAUGGAGCCUCAUGCUUCUUAGGACCCUCUUGGUGCUAGCCAAAUUUCACUGAAUUUGAUGGGCCUGCAUCCAGUGUAUUUCAGUCCCUACCCUGAAGUAUUGCAAGCAGCUACAGGCAAAGGAGGAAUGAUCAUCACCAGAUAGAGAAGUAAUACAUGGGUUCAGCUUUUCAUUGUUAGACUCCUGGUUUGGUCCUUGUCUGUCCAAGUCGUGUUUAUGAUGAACCGGAGAGCAGAAGCACUUACAUGUAUAUAUUGUAUACACACACACAUGUGUACAUAUAUAUAGUAUAUGAAUACCUGUAUGUAUUGUCUACAUACAUAUUGGAUAUAUACAUACUGUCUACAUACAUACAUGUAAAUAAAACAUUGCCUAGAGCUCAAAGGAACAUAGGUAUGCACGUAUGUAUCAUAUGUAUGUAUAUAUGUACAUAAAAUAUUACCUGGAACACAAAGGAUCAUAUUUUCAGCCCCUGAUCCAUGUGCUUAGGAGAAUUUCAAACAGAACUGAGAGUUCUGAAGUCAAUGGGAAUAUUGGAGUUUAGGUUUGCUCACACAAGUAACAGUUUGUAGAAUCGUAGAUUCAUAGAAGCAGCUAGGUUGGAAAAGACCUUUAAGAUCAUCAAGUCAUACCAUUACCCCAGGAAAUCAGACCUGUAUUUUUCUGGUUGUAUCUUGCAGUUGUUUCAGUUUAGGGAUAUUUUUGUGUACUUAAAGCUCAAGGCAACAAUAAACCACAAUUAUCAAAGUA